AUGGAGCGGGCUCACAGAAAUGGACGCUUCCAGCCAGACGCACGUCCACGAGCUAUUGUGGUCAAGUUGCUGAGGUUUAAGGACAAGGAGACCAUUCUACAACGUGCCAGGUACCUUAAGGGCAGCCACAUUUUCAUUAACGAAGACUUUUCUGAGGCUGUCAGACAAAAAAGAGAGGAGCUCAUCCCAGAAAUGAAGGCCGCCAGGGAGAGGGGCAACGUCGCGUACCUCCGCUACGAUCGUCUCAUCGUGCAUCCCCCGAGGCCGACAACCAGAAGUACUACCCAGAGGCACUCCAACAACGAAGGAAAGGAAACCGGACGUCGCAGACAAGACACAAGAUCCACCAGGGCAACACUUGGUGCUUCUACCUCUGACUCCUGA